AUGGCUCACUCAAAAGAUGAUGAUGAUCACUACACUGAUGAUCUACUUCCUUCUGCGAAUGAGAAUGCCAUCUCAACAGCAUCAUCGUUACUGCCUUUGAAUGAUGAAAGCGAAUUUCCUCAUGAUGAGGAUGGUUCUUCUUCAUUGGUCGGUCCAAUGGGCCAUCAUCAAAUGAAUCAUACAACAACACCAACGACAAAUAGCCAUUGUAGCAAUAACAUUCCAAUUUUCAUCAAGGAAUUAUUGAAUGAGAAGGAUCAAACAAUUUGUAAAUAUAUUUGGAGCAAUCCCGUACACUGUGGAGAAAUUAGUCAAGAGGAGACAUCAACGAUUGAACCAAGUCAUAAUAACACUACACAAAAAAAUUGUGAUGCAUUUAUUUCUGAAUUAUACAAACAAUAA